AAUGACGCAAAAGUAACGCAACCGGAAGUGCUGUGCUAAUCGUAAACACAGCUGAGAAAGCUGCUACUUUCUAAAAGAUGGUGUACGUGUCCAACGGUCAAGUCCUGGACAGCAGGAGCCAGUCACCAUGGCGACUGUCCUUCCUGGUCGAUCUCUUCUGGGGAGCAGUGGAGUUUAUCGGCCUGUAUUUUAAGACAUUGAUUCAACCUAACAUGACAAAGGACGGAAACUGUGCUCCGUCACGCAGUGAUGGCAGAGGUCCUCCAGGUCCCCCUGGUGGCAGGAGACGGAUGGGAAGAAUAGCCCACGGUGGAGGUCCUGACGCUCCACCAAUGGGUGGAGGAGGAUGAGGAAGGUAAACGCCUACACUGGAUGUGUAGGCGUGGGGCCUGGCACGGUGUCUGUUCACUGAGCCUAAAGAAAGAUGGUGUCUAAUGGUGACAUCACUGUGCUGAAGCCCCUCUUCAUCGGCUGCCGCUGCCAUGCGCAGUUUCUUGACGCCAUUCUGGGAAUUCCUACACAUAGGGGCCAGAAUGGCCGAUACAGCAGCUAACCGCAUCACUUCCUCCCAUCUUCCUGGUUUAGCCAUUACACUUUCCUGUCACAACAGUCUUCUGCAGAUGUGAGUCUCGGUUAUGAUCAUCCCUCCAGGGAGUCCUGGAGUUUGUCUGUUUUGUAUCCUUCUCUUUGAAUAAAAAUUGUGCUGUGAAAAGAUGUUCCUACUGAGUUUGUCUUAUGAUAGCAUACUUUUGACUAUACUUCAAUAAAUUGAUAAUGUCAGAAGAAGUAGAUUUAUAAGUGGGUGAUUUUGUAUCUGAAAUACAAUGUGGAUAAUGGCAGAGCGUGUGAGAGUGUGAAGGCAUUAGUCAUUCUGUUAACUCAGCUAUAACAGUUGCAUAAUGCAUGUAAGAGUUACUGGGUUUGUGAAGACAGAUUUGGGCUGUACUGGAGGCUAUCUUGUAUUUAAAUUCAAUAUGUUCAGAAUUUCAAGAAAGGUGGAUUCUGUUUGUUCAAUAAAAUGCAACUAUUGUUUA